ACGGCAUUUCUAUUUAGUGCUCAGUGCAAAGCGAGGUUAGGCAAUAAAUCCAACCCCCUCACUGAAAUCUGUAAUUUAUGUUCCGUGAGAGCCGUCAGACGCCCUUCUCUCGCUACUACUCCAGUUAAAAGUUUCACUCCGUCACCUCUACGCAAGGGCCAAGGUCAUACGGCUGGAACGUUGUUGGCAGUGCUGAAACAUGUCCGGGUUCCUGGAGAGCCUGCGGUGCUUCGAGUGCGUUGAUUGGGGCGAGAAGCGCAACACCAUCGCCUCCGUGGCCGCGGGGGUGCUGUUUUUCACAGGCUGGUGGAUCAUCAUCGAUGCUGCUGUGAAAUACCCUCAAGUGGAAGACUUCAACCAUUCCUACCAUGCCUGUGGGGUCAUAGCCACCAUUGCAUUCCUGAUGAUCAACGCGGUGUCCAACGGGCAGGUGCGGGGGGACAGUUACAGCGAGGGCUGCCUGGGCCAGACAGGGGCUCGGAUCUGGCUCUUCAUCGGUUUCAUGAUGGCUUUUGGGUCCCUCAUUGCUUCCAUGUGGAUCCUUUUUGGGGGCUACGUGGUUAAAGAAAAACCAGUGGUGUACCCAGGAAUAGCUGUGUUUUUCCAGAAUGCAUUCAUCUUUUUUGGGGGCCUGGUCUUCAAGUUUGGUCGCACAGAGGAUUUGUGGCAGUGAGCGCCCCUGGAGUGCCCUGGGGUUUGACUGCACCCCCCAAAGUUUUGUAAAACCAUUUUGUAAACCUUCCAUUGUGUCUAAAGAGAAUCAAGGAAAGCUGAAAGCACUAAACCCAGCUCUAUUCUGUUUAUUUUUUUUACUCUUGUAUGUCCACUUCAGUUUUGUGGUGUUUUUGAGAAAUGUAAAAUUGCUACAGACAACAGUGGAGUCACUUUUCUAAAAUGAUGUUUGUUACAAAUAAAAGGAGAGUGGAAUAUGGAUGUGUUUAACCAGCUGUUUCUAUGAUGUUACUUACAAUCCAAAACUUACUAAAAAUGCUUUAAAACAACCUUUUAACAGAUGUUUAUUAAAUAUUUCCUAUAUCUGGACAAUAUAACCAUGUCUCCAAUUUCAAA